AGAAGGGAAAGUUUGGCCCGUGCGUGGGGCUGGGGUGGAGGGCGGGACAGAGGGGCUGGGCCCAGGCAAAGCUUCUGUCGCUGCUGCUGCGGAGGCCGAGGACAGGACGUGGGCUGGGCCGGGCAGUGCCGACGCGGAGGAGCAGGAGGCGAGGUCCGCCGGAGCUCUAAGCCCCCGCCGCUUUGCCGCGCGGUGACCCCGCGCCCCGGCGCCGUCCGACCCGUGGCUGUUCCGAGACGAUUGGUGGGGGCGCGGCGGCGGCGGCGGCUGUUGGGGGUGGGGAGACGCGCGGCGAGGCGACGAGCGAGGUCAGCGAGUUUGACGGAGGACCGCGAGCCGCUGCCGCCGUCAUGUCCGAGGACUCGAGCGCCCUGCCCUGGUCCAUCAACAGGGACGAUUACGAGCUGCAGGAGGUGAUCGGGAGUGGAGCAACUGCUGUAGUCCAAGCAGCUUAUUGUGCCCCUAAAAAGGAGAAAGUGGCAAUCAAACGGAUAAACCUUGAGAAAUGUCAAACUAGCAUGGAUGAACUCCUGAAAGAAAUUCAAGCCAUGAGUCAAUGCCAUCAUCCUAAUAUUGUAUCUUACUACACAUCUUUUGUGGUAAAAGAUGAGCUGUGGCUUGUCAUGAAGCUGCUAAGUGGAGGCCCUGUUCAUAUGAUGGUUGGAAGCCUUGCUAACACCAACCACCUUUCAAGAUGGUGGUCAAGCAUGGUUCUUUCAGUAUGGAGAGAUAUGGGAGUAUUAGGUUCUGUUCUGGAUAUUAUUAAGCACAUUGUGGCAAAAGGGGAACACAAAAGUGGAGUCCUAGAUGAAUCUACCAUUGCUACAAUACUCCGAGAAGUACUGGAAGGGCUGGAAUAUCUGCAUAAAAAUGGACAGAUCCACAGAGAUGUGAAAGCUGGAAACAUUCUUCUUGGAGAAGAUGGCUCAGUACAGAUUGCAGACUUUGGGGUUAGUGCUUUUUUAGCAACUGGUGGUGAUAUUACCCGAAAUAAAGUGAGAAAGACCUUUGUUGGCACCCCUUGUUGGAUGGCACCUGAAGUUAUGGAACAGGUCCGAGGUUAUGAUUUCAAAGCUGAUAUUUGGAGUUUUGGAAUUACAGCAAUUGAAUUGGCCACAGGGGCAGCUCCUUAUCAUAAAUAUCCACCAAUGAAGGUUUUAAUGCUGACACUGCAGAACGAUCCUCCUUCUUUGGAAACUGGUGUUCAAGAUAAAGAAAUGCUGAAAAAAUAUGGAAAAUCAUUUAGAAAAAUGAUUUCAUUGUGCCUUCAAAAAGAUCCAGAAAAAAGACCAACAGCAGCAGAACUGUUAAGGCACAAAUUUUUCCAGAAAGCAAAGAAUAAAGAAUUUCUUCAAGAAAAAAUAUUGCAGAGAGCACCAACCAUUUCUGAAAGAGCAAAAAAGGUUCGGAGAGUACCAGGUUCCAGUGGCCGUCUUCAUAAGACAGAGGAUGGAGGCUGGGAGUGGAGUGAUGAUGAAUUUGAUGAAGAAAGUGAGGAAGGGAAAGCAGCAAUUUCACAACUCAGGUCUCCUCGAGUGAAAGAAUCAAUAUCAAAUUCUGAGCUCUUUCCAACAACUGAUCCUGUGGGUACUUUGCUCCAAGUUCCAGAACAGAUCUCUGCUCAUCUACCUCAGCCAGCUGGGCAGAUGCCUACACAGCCAACUCAAGUCUCUCUCCCACCCACCGCAGAGCCAGCAAAAACAGCUCAGGCUUUGUCUUCAGGAUCAGGUUCACAAGAAACCAAGAUCCCAAUCAGUCUAGUACUAAGAUUAAGGAAUUCAAAAAAAGAACUAAAUGAUAUUCGAUUUGAAUUUACUCCUGGGAGAGAUACAGCGGAGGGUGUCUCUCAGGAACUCAUUUCUGCUGGCCUGGUCGACGGAAGGGAUUUAGUAAUAGUGGCAGCUAAUUUGCAGAAAAUUGUGGAAGAGCCUCAGUCAAAUCGAUCUGUCACUUUCAAACUGGCAUCUGGUGUCGAAGGCUCGGAUAUUCCUGAUGAUGGUAAACUGAUAGGAUUUGCCCAGCUUAGCAUCAGCUAAACCACAACCCUGGAAGAGGCGGCCUAAGGAGAUUCCACACAUGCGUAUCUCUGUUGUUUCUAUUGGCCUAAACCCACUACUGCCAAAGAACCCAGCAACAAACCUCCCGGCUAGGAGCUUUAGAAGUCUUUAUGUUCUUCCUGCCAUCAUUCCUCCUUUUCCCACAGGGAAAGAAAAGUUGGAUCACUAGUGGCCAGCAUCCCCAGAGUUCCGUUAGCAAACUUACUUCAUAUGUCCCCUGUCUUCCUCCAUCUGAGAAGUGGCCCAUGUGCUUCAAGGCCCAGGAGGGAGAUCUGUCAGCUCAUUCUUGCCUUACUCCAACGAUGGCCCAGGUGGAAAAGUAGCAGCUGUAUCGGGCUUCCUCAUCCUGCCUGUUCCCCCACACCUGCCAGAAUAUGGACAUCUUGGGAUAUCUCUUUACCACUGAAGUAGAAUUGAUUGUUCAGCUGGAGCCCAGAGAAUUUAAUUUAGUGGUUUUUCUUUGUACCUGAUGUGAAUUCUAGCAACCUUUGUUAGGAAAAAGCACAGCCUCAGAUGGAGGCAGCCUAAACUGUGUUCUUGUUUUGUUCAUGGUGUUUCUAAGCGUUUUGCUGAAGCUGCUCUCAGGCACCCCCUUCUUCAUUGCUCUCUCCAGAAAGGGUUGCUAGCCUUAACUUCAGCUGGUGCAAAACAUCUGACUGUAGCCGAACUUCAGCCAUCGGAUCCUUCAAAGUGGAACUUUGGAUUGUUUUUACAGACAACAUCGAGUAAUGGCUUGUAAAUGUGAAUUUUGCCAGAGGUGGUUUUUGAACAGGAAAAUCAUAAUUCAUAUCAUUGGAGAAGUAUUUAUUUUCAAAUAUUAAAUUGAAGAGAAACUCAAUCCUCCCAUGAAAAUCAGUUCGCCUGGCCUCCAAGUCAUGAGGAAAUGGGUAUGCAAGGCUGAGAUUUCUACAGCAAUAAAGGAGACACACACUGGGCCAGAGAGGCCUGCCUUCUGCCUGCUCUCCUGCACUGACCCUUUGGAGGGGGUCUCUGUGUGCUGAAGCUAACUCAAGAUGGAAAGUGAAACCACAUGUGCCGUGACCUUUAGGUUUUAUGAGUAGACAGUGUUCAUUUGAUUUUCUACAGAAAUAAUAUAAAUUAUUCUUUAGGUUUAAAAAAGAGCACUCAUAAUGCAAUAUGUGAAUAAUCAGUGAGGUUGAUUUUCCUUUUUUCCUACCGUUUCAUAGUCUUUGUCUAACUGCUAGUAACCCUACCGAGUUUUAUAUAUGAGUGGGAUACUCAAUCUGGCCUUAAAAAGAUACACAAAGAUGGGCUGUGGGUCUCUGGAAAGGGGGAGAGUUGCCCUUUACAGAAUCACUUGAGCCCUUUCCAGCAUUGUUGGUCUGAUGAACAAGGUUGUUUUACCUUAUUUUCUCUUGGAACACAUCUGAAAACCUUCCCCACAAAUAACUUGUCACACCUUUUGUUUCAUUCUGAGUCUUUAGUUUUAGUCAUGGGCUUUCUUCACCUGCUCUAGGUGCAAAGGCAUGUUGGGAAAGAGAUGGAUGUUGAGGAGGAAGAGAGGAGAUGGAUUUCAGAUGGGAGUUAGGAGGAGAGUAGGUGAGAUGAUCAGACACCGAAGUUCAACGUCCCAGCAGUCUUGUAAAAGGAGGGAGCCUGCUGAGCCAGGAGGGAGAAAAGAAGAUUGAUCAGCUUGCUAGAAAAAUAUUUAGCUUUUCUUUUUCUUUUUUUGUGUGGGAGGACAGAGAGGAACAAGGACGGGGAGGUGGGAAUGAGGUGUAGAAAAGAGAUAGCAUCCUCUUUGGCACAAGACUAGUGGCUUACCUUAGAGUCUUUUUUUUUUUUUUUUUUUUUUUUUUUUCAAACCCAUCAAAAUCUACUUAUUUAUGAAUCCAAGGGGUGAUAGCGUCACUCUGUUCUAGCAUUCUUUGUGGAGAUGGUCUGGUGCCCAGCUGGGAGUUUGCAGCAGCCCAUCCCCUGUUCACUUUCUCUAGCCCGUCAUUACCUGUGAACUGCAGUGGGGCAGUCAUGGCAAAUAGAAUUGGGCUGGGGUUUCUCCUUCUUUUCAGUUCAUUGUUUGCCCUGCUAGGAAUUAGAAGACAGACACCAUGUCCCAGGACAGUGUUAUUUCUUCUUCUGCAUGAUGUGUGGUAGACUCCCUUUGCUGGCUUGUGCAGUGAUACUGAGAAAAUACAUGAACAGAAACUGCCCAGGUGGAACAGCACGUAACCUAGUGAGUGACUGUACUCCUUUCUAGGAAUGCUGAUUCAGAGUGCACCUCUUUCACUAGGUCCCAGGAUCCCCUUGUCCCUGGAGUAGGGACUAACUAUAGCACAAAGUAAUAUGUGCCAAUGCUAUUUGUGAAAUGUUUGGUCUUUCUAAAUGACUAAAGGAUUUGUUUGGGUUUUUGCUUAAGUUUUGAACCAAAUCCUAGAGCCAGCUGAUAAUAUUUAAUAAUCCGGAGGAGAGAAUAAUGAUGUACCAAUAAGUGGAGAUUCCUCCUUAUGAUGUAUGCUAGGUUAUGGAAGAUGUAAAAUAUUCAACUUUUUCCUCCUUUUUUUGACUUUGUAUUUUACUGCAUGUUUUCUUCAUUUUUAAUCAAUAAAGAGUAAAUUGUCCUUA